CGCGCUCAUGUGACCACACUGGGCUACUAGUGGUAUUUAAACGACAACGAAUCUGUGGUGGAUGCCGCUCUCAUGAAAAAAGAAAAGAAAAACAAAAACAAAAUAUCUCAGCAUCAUCACGACUGAAGCCGAGGAGGACGGAUUAAAACACUCCAUCCUGGACGGUUCAUUCUAUCGACAGGAUUUUGUGGCAGGGCAAAUCAGCAUCAUUUCUCUCAGCGACGAACGAGUUUCACUGAGGGCCAAAUUGCGUCUCUUCUGGAAGGAUUAGUCGCUCAAACGAUGUGGUCGUGUUUGUGAGUUUUGGGUAAACGCUUGACUCCCGUCAUUUGCCUUCGUUUCUUGGAUUACCGUCGGAUGUAUCGGCGGAGCUGAGGGGGGAAAGAACAUGGUUUUAAAUUGAUGCGCAACCCGCCUACUGUUCGGGUUACUGACGAAGACUAAUCUCCGAGGGCAAAAGUAAAGCUGUUUACAGAUCCAUUUAUUGUUAAGCCUGACUGCUCUCCGUCAGAAGCAGGGAACAUGGCUGGAGAGGAAUUUGCUGUGACGAGAGCGCAGAGUGGAUCUGUAUGGCUGCUCGGCUCCUGUGAAAACUAAAGGACGAGCGUGCCGAGGCAAAACAACGCACCAUAAUUUGUGUAUUAUUAUUUUCUGUACCGUUUCUACAACAGCCGGUCUUCUCUCUUUUUCUCCGUGAGAAGGGAAGCGUCGACUGGGGGGCAGACAUGGGCAAAGACGAGUGUAAAACAAUGCUGGACGCGCUGAACAAAGUGACCGCCUGCUACAGGCACCUGGUCUCGGCUCUGGGAAGCACGUCGGACUCGCAGAAUCUGCGCGAGGAGCUCAAAAAGACCCGCAAGAAGGCGCAGGAGCUGGCCGUGGCCAACCGGACCAAGCUGACCGCGCUGCUCAAAGACAAGAGCAUCAGCAACGACGACCGAGCCGAGUACGAGCGCCUGUGGGUGCUCUUCACCAGCAGCAUGGAGAUCCUGGAGGUGGACAUGAAGAGGUCCCUGGAGAUCGGGCAGAGUUUCCCACUCAAGGUGCCCACGCGCCACUUCAUCCAGACGGGCAUGACGGGCAGCACCACGACGGUGGCGGCGCGCGCCAUGAGCGUGCAGAACAUGAAGUACGAGGCGGACGCCAGCAUUGAUACGGCUGACCUCAAGGACUUGGAGACCGAGAUCGCCCAGGUGGACCAGAUGAUGGAGGAGAUGGAGAUGAAGGUGCAGGUGGCGCCGUGGGCCGUGGAGGCCAAGCAGGAGGCGGGCGCGGAGCUCAAGUCUACCGUCAGCGUGGGCAACUCGUCGGUGGGGGUCAUCUCCGUGUGCGAGGAGGAGCCCAAAGAGGGUGGAGAGGGCGAAGCGGGCCUCAUGAAAGUCUUCGCUGGGAUCAUUUUCACUGCCGUUUUACUCAUAGCCGGCAUCCUAGGGUACUUAGUGAUCAACCUUUGAAAUUAGGCUUAUAUACUCAAAAAGUGGGAGCUCUUCCAGCACUGUGGCCGACUGUGUUUCACCUACAGCCUCCCAGCUCACCCUGUCUGGGUGUUUGGGGCUCAGACUGAAGCUCAGACUGCACUAGCCUACAUGUUAGCACUGUUUAAUGAAGGGGAGAGACAGAGCAAGGCACACUAAAUCGACUGCCGUUGCGGAUAUCAGCACCCAGCCCAUCAGGCUGGUGAUUUUAUAAUGGAGUAUUAGUAGGUUACAGGAGGCUUUUUCUCCCUGUGAGGAGACAGUGGAUCAAGAGAAUGCCAAGCUGAAUUGUGCAGUGGCUAAAAUAACACCAGAAUUGGGCCGAGCAGGGCCAGUCCUGGCCUUUCGAACCACGAUCCCAACUGUCUUUGCGAAAUAUUAGCACUAAUCAGGGUUCAUGAGGAUUACUGAGGAAACUUUGAGAGAACGCGUGUUAAGCUGUAGACUAAAAAGUCUUUUUUGUUAGCCUUCGGCUUUAUGGAUGCCCCCUCAGAGAGACAGGUUGGCUAGCUUAAGAAUGUAACAGGAAUGCACGGUCAGGCCCAACUUAAAUCUCACAAACCGUUAGGCGCACUUCAACACUUCUAGCUCAACAGACGCACAGCAACCCACUGAAUUUAACAAGAGAACAGUGUCACAUAUCUUUCAGUAUUUCACUGGAGUCGGUAUUUCAGACCAGUGAUUGUGUCCAAGCUUUGGACUGCACACAGUUCCUUAGUGUUUCAGUUCUUCAAAAGGCCCCUUAGAACGUGCACUGUGGCAUUUAGGUGUAUCUGUGCAUACCUGGCAACAGAUGUAUAGUGAAUUUGUACAUAUGCACUCAUGUUGAAAUAGUGUACAUACAAUUGAAUAUAUUUAUUACAAUAAAUAAUGUGAACAACAU